GGCAGUAAUUCUGCUUAUUAAAAGUUAUUAAUAAGCUAGUUAUAAACUAGUUAUUAAAGAAAAAUGGAGAUUUUGUUGCUGCCAUAUUUUUGCUCAAUUUCUCUGUCUCUCUUUUUAAAUAUGGUCUUUCCCUGCAGGGCAGUAUUGUCUGGAAUAUUCCAAACGUUUGUCUACUAUGGAAAGACGAGGAAAGAAACCAGAAGAGAGAACUUCAAUCUUUUUGACAUCACUGUUCCUAAAAAGUGGUUUGCAUAUUUCUACCUGUGGGGUCUUAUUUGGACCGUUUUUAUAUCCUGCUUGGCCUUUAUCGAUACAGCAGAAUAUGAGUACAUAGCUUCUUUUCUCCACUUUGAUGUCAGAGUUUUACCAUUUGCAAAGCCAACCAAAUCUAUUGUUAUACGAAGUGGUCAUAUCCCACUUGAGGUGGCUCUGGUUCUAUUAGUAAUCCUGUUACAACUUUUUAGGAGAACUUAUGAAUCAUUUUUUAUUACACGAUUUGGAUCGAGUCGAAUGCAUCUCGGCCAUUUCGCCUUUGGACUGUUUUUCUACACUUCAUUGGCACCACUUGCACUCCAUCAGCUAGACAAUGGUCACCAGGUGACCCACAUCCCAAUAAAAUGGAGUUUUUUGGUGCACUGCACUUGGAAGCAAGCUGCAGGGAUUGUGCUGUUUCUGUGGUCAAGUCUUCAUCAGUUCAAAUGUCACACCAUACUAGCGAAAUUAAGAGAAAGAAAUGAAAGAUAUGCCAUUCCAAAAGGAGAUUGGUUUGAUCAUGUAAGCUCUCCACACUACACAGCAGAGAUACUCAUAUACUUAUCAUUGCUCCUAUGCAGUAACUGCCAUAACUUGUAUCUCCUAUUGCCUCUCUUUUCCACUAUUGGUCUACUGUUACUUUCAGCUAGGAUCACUCAUAGUUGGUAUAAAAAGAAUUUCAAAGACUAUCCAAUAGAGAGAAAGAUAAUAAUUCACUGGCUUUACUGAUUUGUAAUAUUGUCUUUUAUAAAUGAAUGUAUGUAAAACAUGAUCCAAUUCUGAUCACAAAUUAUUAUUGAGACAAAUACAGCGUAUGAAUAUGGCCUUUUUCAUUGAGACCACUUUAGUUUAGCUAUUAUAGAUUGCAUCCAUUUUAUUUUAAUAAUAAAUUUCAACUACAUAGUACAGUUUAACAGUCAGAAAUAAUAAUAAUAAUAAUAAUAAUAAUAAUAAUAAUAAUAAUAAUAAAAGGUAAAAUAACAUUUACAGCA